CAGGGAUCGCAUCAGUCUCAGUGGAGGGAAACUCUGCUGAGCAAGGGAAGGAAAAGGCUUCACCAGUUUCUGCACACUUGUCUUGCAAAGUGAUUUAGAGAUGCAGAGCUGCGCCAAGUCCUGGGGGAUCUUCUUGGCCAAGUCGGUGAAUCCCAGCGCACCGUGCAGGCAUCUGAGUGACAAGAGCCGCGUGGUUUGGAAACUUCAGUGCAGGAUCCGAAACAGCGGGGCAUCCCUAACAACAGCAGCCCGGGCUCUGAGGACGUCUGCAGCCGUCUCUUCCAGACAGAUAGAGAGAAUAUUACCCAAACACGAUGAUUUUGCAGAGCGGCAUAUUGGUCCAGGUGAGAGGGAGAAGAGAGAAAUGCUGGAUGCUCUGGGAGUCGAGUCGAUCGACCAGUUGAUCGAAAACACAGUUCCAGCCUCCAUCCGUAUGCAGUGGAGUAUGAAAAUGGAUGAUCCAGUCUGUGAGAAUGAGAUUCUGGAGUCUUUACAGAAGAUUGCAUCAAAGAACAAAGUGUGGAGGUCCUACAUCGGCAUGGGCUACUACAACUGCUCAGUACCGCCGCCCAUCCAACGCAAUCUCCUGGAGAAUGCAGGCUGGGUGACUCAGUACACUCCUUACCAGCCCGAGGUCUCUCAGGGUCGCCUGGAGUCGCUCCUCAACUACCAGACCAUGAUCUGUGACAUCACAGGAAUGCCUGUGGCCAACGCCUCCCUGCUCGACGAGGGAACGGCUGCUGCUGAGGCCAUGCAACUGUGCCACAGACAGAACAAAAGACGAACUUUCUACAUUGACCCACGUUGCCAUCCUCAGACCAUUGCUGUGGUGCAGACCAGGGCCAACUACAUUGGGGUAAAAACGGUGCUGAAGCUGCCUCAUGAGAUGGACUUCAGUGGGAAGGAUGUGAGUGGCGUGCUCUUCCAGUAUCCAGACACUGAUGGCAGGGUGGAAGACUUCACCGCCCUUGUGGACCGUGCACACAAAGGAGGGGCCCUGGCUUGCUGUGCCUCGGAUCUGCUGGCUCUCUGCGUGCUGCGUCCUCCCGGGGAGUUUGGUGUUGAUGUCGCACUGGGCAGCUCCCAGAGGUUUGGGGUCCCUCUCUGCUACGGCGGUCCACAUGCUGCCUUCUUCGCUGUUAAAGACAGCCUGGUCCGGAUGAUGCCUGGCAGGAUGGUUGGUGUCACCAGGGACGCAGCUGGUAAGGAAGUGUAUAGGCUUGCUUUGCAGACCAGAGAGCAGCACAUCCGCAGAGACAAAGCAACCAGCAACAUCUGUACUGCUCAGGCUUUGCUGGCCAACAUGGCUGCUAUGUAUGCAUUGUAUCAUGGUCCGCAGGGACUCAAACACAUCGCUGAGAGGACACACAAUGCUGCUCUGAUCCUUGCUGAAGGUCUGAAGAGAGCAGGACACCGGCUGCACUGCGAGAUGUUCUUCGACACUUUGAAGAUCAACUGUAGCGUGGCGGCCAAGGACAUCUUGGAGAGAGCCGUGCAGAGGCAGAUAAAUCUGCGAGUCUACACUGAGGGAGUGCUGGGUGUCUCUAUAGAUGAGACGGUGACUGAGAGGGACUUGGACGACUUGCUCUGGGUCUUUGGCUGUGAAUCAUCAGCUGAGCUGAUCGCUGAGAAGAUGGGUGAGCGGGUGAAGGGGAUCAUGGGAAGUCCUUUCAAAAGGACAAGCAAGUACCUCUUACACCAGGUCUUUAACAGUUAUCACUCUGAGACCAACAUUGUGCGAUACAUGAAGCGCCUGGAGAACAAGGACAUCUCCUUGGUGCACAGCAUGAUACCACUGGGCUCCUGCACCAUGAAGCUAAAUAGUUCUUCAGAACUCAUGCCCAUCACCUGGAGGGAGUUUGCCAACAUCCACCCCUUCGUGCCUCUGGAUCAGGCUGAGGGCUACCAGAUACUUUUCAGACAGCUGGAGAGGGACCUCUGUGAGGUGACAGGCUAUGACAAGAUCUCCUUCCAGCCAAACAGUGGUGCUCAGGGAGAAUAUGCUGGCCUGGCUGCCAUAAAAGCAUACCUGAACUCAAAGGGAGAGAGCUCCAGAAGUGUCUGUCUGAUCCCCAAAUCAGCCCAUGGCACCAACCCAGCCAGUGCUCAGAUGGCUGGCAUGAAGGUUCAGGUGGUGGAGGUGGACAAGGAUGGCAACAUUGACAUGGCACACCUCAAGUCCCUGGUGGAUAAACACAAGGCGAGCUUGGCGGCCAUGAUGAUCACCUACCCCUCCACCUUUGGUGUGUUCGAGGAGCAGAUUAGAGAUGUAUGUGAUCUUAUUCAUGAGAAUGGGGGCCAGGUGUACCUGGAUGGUGCCAACAUGAACGCUCAGGUGGGCUUGUGUCGUCCUGGAGAUUACGGCUCUGAUGUGUCUCACCUGAACCUUCACAAAACCUUCUGCAUCCCUCACGGUGGAGGAGGACCUGGCAUGGGGCCUAUUGGAGU